AACCUCAUUCCAGUCUGAGGGCCAAUGGGCGAGUUCUCGCUUUAUGUGCUUUUUAUCCUCUGACAACUGCGACACAACAACAUUUUAUUUGUACAUGCUGGAUCAUUUUGAAUCAUAAAGGAAUAACUGAAUGGAUUAUUAAUUAUGAGGGGUUGAGGAAAGAGAAUUACCUCUUUUUGAUGAACUGCUGGAAACCUUUGAGUCAGAAUGAUGGAACAGGAUGAAUCAAUAGACUUUAAAACCCUGAAGGCACGGUUCCAGGGUGAAAAUGGUCUGAAGAUCCAGACUAAACCUAUCAUCCCAGAGAAACCCAAAACCAUCCCUCAGCCGACAAAAGCCAGCAAUUCUUUAAUCUCAACUAUCAAUGCUGUUGCGCAAAAUGGGAUGCAUCAUGCACCACGAGUAGUCUUCAAAGAUGACAAAAAUCUCAGUCGCCAGCUCUCUCCACCCUGGGGAGUAAAGACUAGAGAGAACCAGCCCAUCAAUAAUGCUGAACUGCAGGACAAUAACCAGAAGAAGGAAGUCGACACUGUAAAGCAGAGUAUGAAAGACAAGAAGCUUCCACUGGUUCUGCCAGUGGCUCCCAAAAAAGCUGAAAUCCCAGAGCCCGAAUCCAGCCCACUUACACCUGCGUCCGUUUCACCAUUCAAAGUGUCAACACCCAAAAAGUUUGUAUUUAGCCCUCAAAAAACUAGAAAAGAUGAAUGCGAGAAGACGGGCCCUGCAAAGGAGGUAAACAGUGCCAAAAAAUCUUUGAAGGACAGGAAUCUUCCACUGGUUCUGCCAGUGCCUCCCAAAAAAUCUGAAACCCCAGAGCCUGAAAAAACUAGCAAAGAUGAGAAUGACAAGACAAACACUGUAAAGGAGGUCGACAUUGCUAAAAAGUCUCUGAAGGACAGGAAUCUUCCACUCGUUCUGCCAGUGGCUACAAUAAAAGCUGAUACCCCAGAGCCUGAACCCAGCCCCCAUACACCUGUUUCCAUUUCACCAGUCAAAGUGUCCACACCCAAGAAUUUUGAAUUUACAACUCAAAAAACUAGCAAAGAUAAAAAUGAGAAGACAGAUACAGUGGAAACCCCAACACCAGCUAGUCGUACCCCUGCUCCAAGUCAAUCUGCUCCUGCUGGCCCAUCUGUAACAGCCAACCCCCCUUCUGAAAGUGUACCUGUUGUCCCUAAGGCUGUUGUCCCUACUCAGACUUCAUCUGGAGCACUACCUGCCCCCAACAUUCCUGCCCUAAGUAUUCCUGCCCCAAGUAUUCCAGCCCCAGGUAUUCCGACCUCUGCCAGCCCUGAGACAAAGAUUCCUGAACCAGCCAUUCCAACACCAGUCAUUCCCUCUCAAGCUCUUCCUAAAUCAAAGACUUCUAGUCCAGAAACCUCUACUUCAACUGCUUUUGACACUGAACCUUUUAAACCAAAUAUAAAUAUACUCUCUUUAUCAGAAUUAUUUCCUCCCCCUGAAGGAAGCCCACCUCCAGAAUUCACUGAAAUUCCUCCCCCUCUUCUUUAUGAAGAUUUUCCUGAUGGAGACUUUUCUGAGCAAGCUAUACCCACUCCAGCGAUCCGUACAUUUAUCGACCCAGUUCCCAGGAGUCCAGUUGUCUCCAGGUCAGCCUCCCCUGCCCCGUCCACCCCUCCGGCGGUAUCUCCAGAGCCCUUGAUGAAGCCCCUAGAAUAUACACCUAGUCCAGACUCCAGACUUACAGUCUCAAGCCCUCCUCCAGAUGUUCAUACUCCAGCUGCACCUGUAUACGUGGUACUGGAGAAUGCAAAAGCUCUUACUGACAAUAAAGCUAUUAACCCAGAGAGGACUAAGGAGGACCAGUCCUCAUCCAAGCAGCUUUCACCCUUCUCAGCCUUGGCGAGAGCGGAGGAGAUGGCCUCGGUUAAACGGGCACCAAAUGAUAGCCGAAUAUUUAACAUUUUGGAGAGGGCUAAGAGAAAGAGCACAGUGAGCCAGUUGGCUACCACACCUGAAAACACAAUCCCACUUGAGACAGCUACACCCGAGAUUCCUCUGCCUGAAACUUCCACACCUCUGCCUGAGACUGUCACAACUGAGAUGACUCAACCUGAUGUAGCUACACCUGAAAAAGCCCCACCACAGCUUGUCCCAACUGUAGAACAACUACCUGAGGAAGCCCCACCUGUACCAGAAGUGUUUGAUAUCCCAAAACUCCCUCCAGUUGACUAUGUGGAUCACUCUUGGGUGCCACCUACCCACCCACCUGAAACUGCCAAGGUUAAUGGCCUUGAUCACAGGGUGGUGACAGUGGUCAAAAAUGUGCAUCCCCCUCCCCCACCACCUAGGAAGGCUCUGCCAGCCACACCCAGUGUGGACCCCCCAGUUGAGAAACCAACUCAGUCUCCUGCCAGAAACCUCCAGAUUCCCACAACACCAUCUAUACCUCUAGAAACACAUGAAAAUUCACUACAUAACUCAUUUGAAGAGGGAUUUUAUGAAGAUGUUGAGGAACCUGAGGCUCCAGCAGUUUCUACCUUCAGGCCUCCAUCAACACCAUCAUCAGAUUCUAGUUCCAAAAGCCCAGUUUCAAUUCACGAGGAAGCAUUCCUGAAACAGUUGAGCACAAAACAACAGGUGAAAGAAGAUGUGUUUCUGAACAAGCGGGAUAAAGACAUUGUGGAUGUGGAUUACGCAUCUGUGAACUCAGGCUCUCUAAAUCCAGACACUCAAGCUGCUGUGCUUCAGGACUCGGUGCGAAGCUCACCUGCCUUGUCUCCAUCAGGGACCCUUGAAAGAGGUCACAAUGUUGAUGAAGAACACGCAGACAGUAAAAGGGGCAAAACACAAAAGAAUAAGAAACAGAAAGGACCUCCAAAAAAUCCAUAUGCUGAUGCAGCGGCUGCAGUGGUGGAGGCUCCCAAGAAAGGCUUGUUCUCCAGGAAGAACUCAGCAAAAGCGGCAGAGGAAAAAGAACUAAAGAAGAAAGAGAAACAGCGUGAAAAGGAAAAAGAAAAAGAGAAGGAAAGAGAGAAGAAGGAGCAGAAAGAAAGGGAAAAGAAGGAAAAUGAAACGAGGAAAAAAUUUAAGAUCACAGGCCAGGAAGAGGCCAUGUAUCAAGUUAAAGUGAUCGAGGACUGUAAGGGCCGUAAAAACGACCUGCCGGUGAAGGUUGGAGACACCGUGAGCAUCAUCCGUACCAACAAUUGCCCUAAAGGGAAAUGGCUGGCUAAGGACAGCAACAACAAAUACGGUUAUGUCCCAGUGGAGAGUAUGGAUUUGAACAUCAGUGGAAUUAUGGAGCUGGGGAAGAUGACAACAGCAUCUAACAGAUCCAACGGCAAUGGACACAAAAACACAGAGGCCACCAGUACAAACAGCAGGACCUCAGAGCAUUAUGACGUGAGCCAUGAGAGCUUCUCAGAAGACAGUGAGGAGUGGACAGCAGAUGAUGAUGACCCCGUGUUUGGCUCUGCCAAUGAAACCUCACACAUAAGGCUGAAUCAGUCACUGGCCACACCAGCUCAAGGUCCUGUCGAGCCAAACGAAACUGAUUCAGCUUACAUGAGCGUGCAACCAAAACCGGAAGCCCUUCAAAGACUAUCCACAUUCUUUAUGCAACCAACACCCUCUCAACUUCCCCUGCAAGACAACAAACCACUAAUUCCAGAGCCUAAACCAGCACAUGAAGAGGAUCCUGGCAGCUUAAAUAAAGAGGAAGAUGAUUUAGAUGUCUCACAAAUCCAGUUUCUUCCUCCUCCGGAUCUGUAUGCAGACAUCAUAGCUGGAGACUCUAUGCCUAUUUACAGCAAGCCAAUCAAACUCAUCUCAAAAUAGACGAAUAGCUCCGGCUGCGAGAGGGAAAGAUGGACUGCGCUGGAUCUUCACUCUGAGUUCAUAACCCUCCUGUGGGGAGUGUUUUGAUGAGUACCACAGUAAAUGUCACCCACACAAGCUCAAGAAGAGAUGUGUCUGUCAAGUGGGAAGAAUUAUGUUUGUGAUUGUUCAUCUGUCUGUAAAUGGCUGCAGGCGAGUUCUUCUAUAUUCAUGUAUAUUUUGUGCAUUCUGUGUGAAAAAUACCAAUGCGUGGAGCUGUGAGAAGCUCUUCAGAUUAUUUACACCCUUACAUAUAUAUAUAUAUAUAUAUAUAUAAAUCAUGCAUUCUGUUGCAAAGACAGUCUGUGUCUAGUCUGAGGUUGUCUAAUUAGUUUAAAAGGUUCAUAAUUGAACACUUGCAUUCAAAGCUGACAGAUCAAUGUGAGAGCUUAUGCAUGUUAAAACAGCUUGGCAUUUGGGUUUGGUUUUAACAGUGCAUUGCAAAGUAAACAUUUAUAUGCAGUUCCUAAGUCAGCAUUAUAUUUUUGCAGUGUAAUUUACUUUAGGAUUGCAACCUUAAGGUUUAUAUAACCAUGCUCUGUAUUUGUAUUAGAUGAAUUAGUAUUAUAUUAUUUGUUUCAUAUUUUACAAGCAGUACCUUGCGUUUAAGUAUUCCCAGUCUUCAGGGCUACUCUACAUUAGGGGAAAUAUGCUGAUGCUUGUAGAGCAAGUUUGAGUGCUGUUUAUUUAGUCAUUCUACUGCAUGUACUAAAUUUUCUGGUGCAGACAAUAAAUGUCACAGUUGUGUAAA